AUGACCAAGUCAGAUGUGAAGGAAUCACUCCCCAUGGAGUACUGCCGAGGAUACUCUGCCGAUGUGGAUGUCAUCCGCAGAGAGGAGUAUCCCCUGCUAGAUGGAACUACAUAUCUUGAUCAUGCGGGAACAACACCCUAUGCUAAAUCCACCGUGGAGGGUUUCUCGCGUGAUCUUUUAUCCAACUUAUUUGGAAACCCUCACUCAAUGUCUCUCUCUUCACAACUAUCUACACAGCGGACGGACGAUGUCCGAGUCCGCGUGCUGCAAUUCUUCAACGCGGACCCUAACGAAUUCGACCUUGUCUUCGUGGCCAAUGCCACUGCCGGAAUCAAAUUGGUCGCAGAGUCCAUGAGAGAUUCUGAUCACCGAGGCUUUUGGUAUGGAUAUCACAACGAUGCCCAUACCAGUAUCGUCGGUGUACGAGAGCUAGCUGGGAUGGGAUACUCGUGUUUCCAAAAUGACGAGGAAAUGGAAAUUGGGAUCUCAGAGCUAUCCAGCAACCAGUCCAAAGCACCUCGACUGAUCGCGUACCCGGCUCAAUCCAACAUGAAUGGCCGCCGCCUACCUAGGCGCUGGUGUGAGCAAGUUCGGCACAUGGCUAAUAAAAGUGGCGGCAAUGUCUUCACUUUACUUGAUGCUGCAUCGCUUGUCUCAACCGCCCCACUCGAUCUAGGUCCAUCCUCAUCGGCACCAGACUUCACUGUCCUUAGCUUCUACAAAAUAUUUGGGUUCCCUGAUCUGGGGGCUUUGAUUGUUCGGAAAAGUGCUGCCCGAGUCCUUGAAGGACGCAAGUACUUUGGCGGAGGUACCGUUGACAUGGUGGUCGCAGCCGGAGCCCAAUGGCAUGCGAAAAAAGAGACAUCUAUUCACGAACGCUUGGAAGACGGUACCUUGCCAUUCCAUAGUAUCGUUGCCCUUGAUUCGGCUUUGGACACACACCAACGAUUGUACGGCUCGAUGUCAAACAUCUCGGCCCACACUGCCUUCUUGGCCAAGGAAGUUUACGACAGGCUUUCUUCGCUGGCACACUUCAACGAAACGAAAGUUUGCAAAGUCUAUCAAUCUAAUUCCUCAUCAUAUGGAAAUGUACAGACCCAAGGCCCCAUCAUCGCAUUCAACCUUUGCAACAGCCGUGGCGAAUGGAUUCCAAAGACAGAGGUCGAGAAGCUAGCUACCGUUCAAAACCUCCAGAUUCGCACUGGAUCAGUUUGCAAUCCGGGUGGAACAUCCCUUUCUCUCGGUUGGACUGGACCAGAGCUUCGUAAUCAUUACUCGACCGGGUUGCGUUGCGGUGACAGUCAUGAUGUUCUAGGUGGGCGACCAACUGGCAUUUUGCGUGUCAGUGUGGGUGCCAUGACCAACAUGAGAGAUAUCGACUCUCUCUUCAGCUUCAUCGAGGAAUUCUAUGUGGAAAAGAUACCACCCAUUGUUUGUUUAGAUCCCAUCGGGGCAAACGCCGAGGUUGUUGCACCUCACUUCUAUGUUGAAAGCCUUGCAGUCUUCCCAAUCAAAAGCUGUGGGGCUUUCAAGAUCCCCAAGGGCAAGCGUUGGGAAGUAAAGAGCGAGGGUCUUGCCUGGGACCGGGAAUGGUGCUUGAUACACCAAGGAACAAGUGCAGCCUUGAACCAGAAACGGUUUGUCUCACAUGCUAUGUCACAAGCUGAACUUCAUACUAACUGCAAUAGAUAUCCUCGAAUGUGCUUGAUACGACCUUCGAUAGAUAUUGAAAAGGGGGUCCUACGGAUUACUUGCGGCGCCAUAGCAGCGCCAGAUCAAGUCAGCCUUGAGAUUUCACUCGACUGGGAAGAUACAAGCCUUGUAUCCACAUCAUUCUGUCCAAGUUCAACGAAGAGGCCAACGACGGUAUGUGGAGAUCCUGUAGCUCUGCAUGCAUACACAUCACCGGUGGUUUCGGCGUUCUUUUCAGACUUCCUGGGUGUACCCUGUACACUCGCAAGAUUCCCCACGCAAACCGCAAUUCGAUACUCACGCCAACCGCGCACGACGAGUACGACGAGUACAUGGAAAAGCCGCUUCCGCAGCCUUCUCAUGCCAGGAUCUUUCCCCUCGGAUUUUUCAUAUCCAUCGCGCGAGGAUAAUCAAGUCAAAAUCGCGCUUUCCAAUGAUUCGCCUAUCCUCGUUGUUUCGCGGUCAUCUGUCAACCGCCUCAACGAGACUAUUAAAGCCAACAGUAAGCUCGGGAGUAGCAAGACUGUCGCAGCAGAUGUCUUCCGCGGGAACAUCGUCGUGGCUGAGCGGCUUGUGCAUCGCGGUGACGUGGAGCAGCCCUAUGCCGAGGACAAGUGGUCUUCACUUCGAAUUGGGCCAAAUCAGUUACGCUUUGAUGCUCUAGAUGCAUGUCAGAGAUGUCAAAUGGUCUGUAUCGACCAAUUCACCGGGGCCCGACGCGAUGAGCCUUUCUCGACACUUGCCAAAACCAGGAACAUUAAUGGGAAAGUAUCCUUUGGUCGAUAUGCAACUAUCUCAUCGGAUGAAAGAGAUGGCCAUGACACUGAGAAACCCGGACAUUGCACGGUAAUGGUAGGGGAUGUGGUUGUGCCAUUCUCUUAG